AUGCCCUGUAUGCAAGCAAAGUAUAAUCCAACACCACCUGCUUCCACAUUUUUAAAUCAACAUUACACUCAUGGCUCUGAACACAGCAAAGAAUUAAUCAGUUCUUAUCAUUCCAAAUUGAACAUGGAUCUUAACAGCACAGGGAUUACAACGUCAGCUACCACAUCCCUGCCAAGUUUUAGCUCUUUCGUGGAGGGAUAUUCUGGAAGUUAUGAACACAAACCCUCCUGUUUAUAUCAAAUGCAAGCAUGCAGUCAGAGAUCCUUAAUAAAGAUGGAGAAUUAUCAUCCAAUCAACUAUCAACCCUCAGUUUCCCAGCAAGCAGAUGUUAUGUCUAGCACAUCUAUGUAUUUUAAACAGUCUCCUCCUUCACCUCCAACGACCCCAGAAUUCCCCGCUCAUCUGUCGCCACAAUGGGAACAACUUGACACAUUGUCAUCUUCACAAUCAUUUAUAAACUCGGGGCAUUUGGUCGAAACUUUACUUAGAACUGUUACACCACAGUAUUCAAAUUUUCACUUUAAGUACUCUCCUUUGAAUAACCCAAUUUCUAACUCACAGGUGUGUUAUGACCCUUCUCAUAGUAUACUAAUAUGCCCUGAAGGAGUCUCUGCACAUGGGGGAAUGGAUCAUUUGCCAUACAAUCUGCCUAUAACAAAGGCAUCCAAUUUAAUAUUUUCCUCACUUGGAACUACUCAUGAUGUCACUGUGUCAGGAGAUGGCAACCUUCCAUCACCACCCAGUCGAAGGACUUCUGGGGAAGGAACCUGUGCAGUCUGUGGUGAUAAUGCUGCAUGUCAGCACUAUGGUGUUAGAACAUGUGAGGGAUGCAAGGGCUUCUUUAAGAGAACUGUGCAGAAAAAGGCUAAAUAUGUUUGUUUGGCAAAUAAAAAUUGCCCAGUGGACAAAAGACGGAGGAAUCGUUGUCAGUAUUGCAGAUUCCAAAAAUGCCUUAAUGUUGGCAUGGUUAAAGAAGUGGUACGUACAGAUAACCUCAAAGGAAGAAGAGGUCGAUUACCUUCAAAACCAAAGAGUCCAAUUCUUCAUGAAACAUCUCAGCAAGUUCCAUCCACUACACCAACUGGUAUACUAAAUGCAUUGGUACAUGCGCUGGCAGAUUCUACAUCCACAGAUCUUGAUUAUUCUACAUACUCAACAACUACAGAACGUGCAGCUGAAGGCAAUAAUACUGAAUCUAUUCAUCAGUUCUACAGCCUAUUAACUAUCUCCUUUGACGUAACCAAGAAAUGGGCUGAAAAACUCCCAGGGUUUACAGAACUCUCGAAGGAUGAUCAAACCUUGCUAAUAGAAUCAACAUUUUUGGAGCUAUUUAUUUUAAGGCUUUCUGUGAGAUCAAAUAUGGCAGAAGAUGAAUUUGUAUUUUGUAAUGGAUGUGUAUUGCAUAGAGUUCAGUGUCUUCGUGGUUUUGGGGAGUGGCUUGAUGCAGUACAACAUUUCUCCUUAAAUUUACAAAGCCUGAACCUUGAUGUUUCAACUGUAGCAUGUUUGUCUGCUGCAUGUCUUUUCACAGGACGGCAUGGACUAAAGAACCCAAAGAAAGUGGAAGAAUUACAUAACAAAAUUGUUUGCUGUCUAAAAGAACACUUAACUUUACUGGGACAAAACAGAACAAAUCAACUAGAUAGUACAGUAGUAAUGUGUAUUCUCACAGAGUUACGUUCUCUUUGUAGAUUGGGACUGCAACGUAUAUUUUACCUAAAACUGGAAGAUUUGGUACCAACUCCUCCUGUGAUUGACAAGUUAUUUCUUGAUACAUUACCAUAUUAAAAUGAUGCUGUAUACUAUGAAAUAAACUAAAAAUCAGUUUAAUGAAGUCUACAAAAGAAGCCCCAAAAUCAGCCAGAUCACACUAUUAUACCAUGCCCAUUUAUAAUGGAAAAUGAAAACAAAAUAAGACUAUAUGAGACUCAUGUUAAACAUUCUGUAGGUGUUUAAGUCCAAUUAUUUUUUUUAAUAAUUUUUGGGAGAGGGAAAGUACCCAUGAUAGGUUGGUUUUUUACAGAAUAUGAGCAGUUGUAUUUACUGUUCGCCAUGUACAGAAAGAUCCCAGAUGCAAGUGCAAGAUCAAUCAUUUUAAAAAGGGUCUGGCUGUAUUCUAUACCUCAGUUGGAGAGCUCAGCUUUUUCAGGUGCAAUGCAGCACUUUAGCUUACUGCAUGACAUAGGGUCCCAUUAUCUAGAAACCCACAGGUUCCAAGCACUCCAGGUGAAGGUCCCUAUACCUGUACUGUUUUCAUGUUAUCCUGAUUAAAAUAUGUCAGAUACAGACACUAACCUAUGUUUUGUGGGAGGGUGUUAUCAUCAUUGGCCCAGGGGCACUUUACCAGGCAUCAUGUGAGGUGGAGGUAGGCCUUAGUAUCUGAGGAGAAGAGGUUGGACCCUAAAAUAAUCAUAGCUUAGAGAAGUACGGGUGCCCAGACCCCAUGGUUAGUAUGGAACAGAAUAGCAUCCUAUUAUAGUUUAGCCCAGAGAUAGUCAGUGAGAUAAUCAGCUCUAGAGCAACAUCAGUGCUCCACCAAGAAGAAGUAGUGGGAUUAGUAAUAGCCAGGCACCACCCAGCAGGAAAGGGGCUCAGCCUACAGCGUAUCCACAAAAGAGACUUCAACAGGAGAGAUUCAUAAAUUGGUGUCCCUGUCUUGGACCUGGUUGGAUGUUUGAGUGCAUUAUACUCCCUGAUAUUAUCUUGCUAAAUAGAUUUCCUUAACCCAUACAUUCCAGGGGGAGUACUUUCUAUUCAAUAAACCAUUGCUUCGUGGCUAGGAACCUCUGAUGCCCAAUUAUUUCAUGCUUUUUACACAGCAUCUAAGUUACAGAUUAGCAACAACACCUUUAGACAUUUCCAGUGAGUACUCAACUGAGGGACUUGAUCGCAUGUAACAGUGCUCUACUAUUCAGCAGCUGUAGAUAAUAAGGGAUUUCAUUUGACCCCCUCCAACCUGUUACAAAGAAAAACAAAGUCUAUCAAGUUCACCACCUCCAAAUGAACCCCAGUCACUCUUAAAAACUUUAAUAAAAUCUGGCAACACAACAUCAUUUGACAACCUCACUACCCACUACUACAGUGACCAUGCACCUAUUAACAAUGAACCUCAUUUGCAAAUUUGCUGCCCAGUUUUUGAGUAUAGUCAAAUCUCUCUACAGUGGCAGUGGCAGCAUCUUGCAUGCUGCAUUGCCCAAUUUAGUAUCAUCUUCAAAAAUAGAUACAGUAUGUUCAAUGCUCCCCUCAAGGUCAUUAAUAAACAAAUUAAAGGUCCAGGGUCAAGGAGAGACCCUGGCGUUCUUCACUAACAACACUGAUCCAAUUAGAAAAUGGUCCAUUUACCACCACUCUUUGUAAUAUAUCCUUUAACUAGUUCUCUCUCCGAGUACAAUUAUCAACUAUUAUGUUCCAGGCAAUAAUCCUUAAUUUAACCAGUAACAUUUUGUGUGCUACUGAAUAUUAAGCAAAGUCUAAGUAGAUCACAUCCACUGCCAUCUCAGUAUCUGUGUUUUUGCUCUUUAUAGAAGGCAAUUAAAUUAGUCUGGCAAGAUUGCUGGCAACUCAUAGUAUUGUAAUUUGCACUUUAUUAAAGUAUCAUAUCCCUUAUCAUGCCUUCCAAAAGCUUUCCUACAACUAGGGGGUUAUUUAUCAAAGGUCCAAUGUUGAUCUCUAACUCCUACAAGACCUUGACAGAUUUUAGAUGGUGUAUUUUCGGAUUCGAGCCAUUACCAGGGUCAGGGUAUAAUAAAUCUUGAAAAAUCCAGGAAAGCCCGACCCGCACAUCACUCAGUGUCAUGCUAAUUUUAGUAAAAUUUACAAAAAUAGAUAAUAGAUGUGUGGUCAACAAUAGCUUGAUCUGUGUCUUGUAUGUUUACACUGCUGUUAAAUAAAAUUUGUUCUACAGUUUGCAUAUUUAUCAUACACAUCUUUAUUUAUCUUAUUGACUGUAAGCUAUUAAAGGAAUGUGUUUUAAAGGAAUGACAAUAAAAUGUACUGUUGCCCUGUACUGGUAAAAGUGUUUUUUUGCUUCAGAAAGACUACUAUAGUUCUAUAGUAUUAUAUAAAUAAAAUGCUGUGUAGCUGUGGGGUCAGCUAUUCAAUACAGGAUACACCGUAGAUAACAUACAUUCUGAAGAAUCCAAUUUGUAUACUACAGAGCUUACAAUAUCUAUUGUGUAUCCUGUGCCUUUUCUCCUUUAUUAGCUUUGAAUGACUACCCCUAUGGUCAGGGGCAUAACAACCGUGCAUAGGGACUUCUGUGCAAACCCGCACUCUUCUGCUCGCGCACUCGCUGAGGUGCGAGCAUGUCAAUUUAAUGAAAACUAAAGCGGCGGGAGGGGGAUUUCAGUACUAUACAGGAAACAGACCUGGCGGUCGGGGUCCCCCUUUUCCUCUGGCCCCCCGCCACUGCGGGGUCUGCUUCCUCUAUAGUUUUCCCAGUGCCCAUGGUUACACAGUAGCUUGAAAUAAGCUAUAUAAUAGAGUAGCUUGAUAUAGCUUAUAUAAGCUGUAGUAGAAUUUCUGAAGCCAGUUGUACCAGUGCAGAGCAAAAAGACAUUAUAUUUUCAAACAGUAUUAAAAAUAAAACAAAAUACUGAUCAUCUCUGUACUGUACUGAAUCAUCUCACAGGAACAUGCCAUCACUUCAAAGCCCUUUGGUUAGCAUUUAAUGAUUGAAAUAUUUUAAUAUUUUGGUAAAAAUGCUUUAUUUGGUGUAUUUUUAGCUAAUAAAUGCUUUCCUAUAAAUACUGAAAUAA